AACAGCGUAAACAUGAAAAUUGUUCGAGAUGAAUCCGGAAAAAUGAUUCAAACUGCCGAAGGGAUUCUGUGCGAAUAUGUGGAUAGCGAUGGAAAUACCACAUUAAAAUUUGCACAGAUAGAUUCAUGCUGUAGCCAAUUAUUGUCUGAAACUGAAAGUGAAAAUAUAAUGCCAUGCAGUACAAUAGUAAAUACUACGCAAGAAAAUUUCAAAAAUGUACAAAAAUUUGUCAUAGCACAUGAGUUCUUAUUUUCUUCAUCAGACAGUUCUGAUGAAGAAUUAAUUAAUAGUAUCGAUGAUAGCAUUGAACCUGAUGUUCGCUUUGGUAUAGGCCAGUAUACUGUUAAAAAGAGGAAAAUAGAUACUUUGAACAGUGACGAAGAAAUCGAGUAAAAAGUUCCGAAAUCUUCAAAUGUUGUUGCAGUAUUACGAGAUAUUAAUAACGAGAAAGAAAAACAGAAAGAGCGUCGACACAAAGAAAAGAUAGAAGUUCUUCGAGAAUUAUUUUCCGCAAAUAAUAAGAAAUCGGAUUAUUGAUGGAGCCAAAUCUACUAAAAAAUUUGUAACUCUUUUGAUAAUAUGAUGCACUGUGGCA